AUGGCGAGAAUGCAGAACCAGCGUGGAGGCCGCAUCAUGCUCUGCCAAGUGCCCGCGCCUCAGCCCAGCCACUGGGACAGUGGCCUGCACGCCUUGGAGAGCGCCUUCAAGCUGGUCAAGAGAAUCAAGCAGAGCUUCCUGGACCUGCACCAGCUGGCCACUGUCAGGGAUGACCCGGAGCUCCGCCACUUCCUGGAGACCCACUACCUGCACCAGCAGGUCCAGCACCUCAAGGAGCUGGGAGACUAUCUGACCAACCUGCGCAAGAUGGGCAGCCAGGACAGUCAGAUGGCCGAGUAUCUCUUCGACAAACUCUGCCCGCAUUGCUCAUAA